AUGCGUUCUUUACAUCUUCUAGCAACCUCGGCUCUGGCCUGGGUAGCCAGUGCUCAAGACAAUACUUGUUCAACAGACCUCGAGUCCUUGACUGUCACAAAUCUCGAUGAUGUUCGCGGCAACUUGAACCUGGUUGCUACUACCACAAUUGGCACGGAUGUCACUUGGAAUAGUAGCGACGAGUCUAUCAUCUCGAACAGCGGCGUCGUCCAAAGACAAGAUACCACAACACAAGUUCAGUUGACUGCCACCAUCGACUGCAACGGAUCACUAGCCAGCCGACAGUUCUCCGCUUCGGUUCGCCAGGCAGUCAAUAUCGGUGCUUUCGAGGGCUAUGCAUUUGCAUACUUCACCAACAACUCUCUGUCCGGCGAAAACAUCUACUUCGCGGCCAGUAAUGGCAACGACGCUCUGUCAUGGCAAGAGCUCAACGGUGCACAGCCGGUUCUCAAGUCGACCUUCGGCACAAAGGGACUUCGCGAUCCAUUCAUUAUUCGCUCCCACGAGGGCGAUACCUUCUAUCUCAUCGCAACUGAUCUCUCGAUUGGUUCCGGAACCUCAUGGGGCGACUCUGUCAAGUUUGGAAGUCGCUACCUCGAGGUCUGGGAAUCUCACGACCUCAAGACAUGGUCUGAACAGCGCCAUGUCUUGGUUUCGCCUGCGGAAGCUGGAAACACUUGGGCUCCCGAGGCUUACUACGAUGGAGCCAUCGGAGCUUAUGUUGUCUUCUGGGCUUCCUCGCUCUACAACUCUUCGGAUGUUGAUCGUGUGGGAGCGACUUACCACCGCAUGCUGUAUGCCACUACACGAGACUUUGUCACGUUCACCGAGCCGCAGAUUUGGCAAGACGUCGGUAUGUCACGCAUCGACUCCACUGUCAUAAAGGAGGGUGACACCUAUUAUCGCUUCACGAAGGACGAAGGUGCUGGUGAGACUGGAUGUACCGACAUUAUCGAAGAGAAGUCCACUUCACUCAGAGCGACUGCCGACUCUUGGUCUCUGGUCGAUAGUUGCAUUGGUAAANAGGCGGGUACUCAGGGCGUUGAGGGCCCAACCGCGUUCAAGUCGAACCCUGGAGAUGUCAAUGGAGAUAACUUCUACUUGUUUGUCGACGAAUAUGGUGGUCGUGGCUACAUUCCACUCCAGACCAAGAACAUCGCAAGCCCCAACUGGACAGUCCCAGCUUCAUACAAGCUGCCUCCAAGCCCUAGACACGGAACUGUCCUGCCCAUCACUGCUGCUGAGCUUGCCGACCUGACAGCCGCUGACACUGCCAAAACUUCAUCGAUCGCUCGCCGUGUAACUGCAGGCUCACCAGUACUCAAGGGCUACUUUGCUGAUCCCAACAUUGCUGUAUUUAACAAGAUCUACUACAUCUAUGCAACCACCGAUGGCUUCCCUGGUUGGGGUGGUCAAGUUUUCUAUGCAUGGAGCUCGCCAAACUUAGUAAACUGGACUCGCAGCGAGAAGCCAUUCCUUACCCUCAAUGGUACCAACGGCAAUGUUCCAUGGGCAACUGGUAACGCUUGGGCUCCCACCAUCAUCGAACGAUGUGGUAGAUACUACUUCUACUUUAGCGGGCAGAAUCCAACCUACGACAGAAAAACCAUUGGCGUCGCGAUCGCACACUCACCCACCGGUCCCUUCAUCGCAGAACCUACCGCCAUGAUCUUGAACAACGAGCGUCUCACCACGGGUCAAGCGAUUGAUUCUGAUGCCUUCUUGGAUCCCGUGAGCGGCAAAUACUACCUUCUCUGGGGCAACGGCAGCCCACUCCUUGCCGAGUUGAACGACAACAUGACUUCGAUAAACUGGUCCACAGCACAAAACAUCACUGGUCUGGUGGACUUCCGUGAAGGUCUCUUCAUCAAUUACCGUAAGGGUCUCUAUCACAUCACCUACUCCAUCGACGAUACAGGUUCCGAGAAUUACCGUGUGGGCUAUGCAACUUCCACUUCCCUUACUGGCAAGUAUACCUAUCAUGGUAUUGUGUUGCAGAAAGAUGUCAGUCAGGGAAUUUUGGCUACUGGACAUGAUUCGAUCAUUAAUGUGCCCGGGACAGACAAGUGGUACAUGGCCUAUCACCGUUUCGCUAUUCCAGGCGGCAAUGGUACUCAUAGAGAGGUGACGAUUGACAACGUUACCUUUAAUGCGAAGACAGGGCUGAUGAAUGCUGUUGUGCCUACGUUGAGUAGUGUCGAGGCUUUUCCUGUUCCUGCAAAGUAG